AUGGCUUCUUCGAUUCAGAAUGCAGCCUCUACCCCCGAAAUACCUACCACUACGACUGUAGCGCUAUCGUAUCAGCCAAAAUUAGCGAAAGAAGCUAGUAUUGUUACUGUCUUCCCUGGGGAUGACGAUAGGAGAACGCCUGAAAAUGAAAUCGCUGAAACAGCAGCCCGUGGUCCGAGCGAAGAAUUGAAAUUCCAAAAGAAAAAGAAGAAAACAGGUAAGGGCGGUAAAAAGAAAAAGCCUACUGGGUUUGAAGAUUUUUAUGUCGAUGCUCCAGUGACCCCGGCCGAGUACGAAGUAGAAAAAAAGCUCUACGACCUUUCUGUUUCCAUAAUUCAUCGCCUGGAAACCGCAAUUCAGCGCUAUGAAACAAAGAGACGAAUGAAUUCGGAGCGCAGAGAUAUAUUCCUAAAGUAUCUCUCGUUUGGAGGGGUUAAGGUUGGCCCAAAGAUGUUUGAAGGCAACGAUCAAAAGGACCUUCAACGCUUGGAUUCUGAGCAAAUAAUCACUGCGACCGCCGAAACAAAUAUCCCAGAAGACCGCGCUAACUGGGAAGUUGAUUUUGAAAUGGUUGUCAAGGGCUUUUUCUCAUCAGUGAUCCCCCAGUAUAUUGGUCUUGAAACGGAGCCACAAGUCGAGUUAGUCACCAGCACUGUCAAAAAUUUCCUGAACUAUAUCCUACAUCAUGAUGUUUGCCCCGAAUAUAAAGACAAUAUCAUGUCGGCACGGUUUAUUUGUGAUGAAGCAAGGAGGCAGUUAUGGAAUAUCCAGCAAGCCAAUUUGACGGCGCCAGGAGAUUUCAAUAUUGCAUGCUCCACCCUAUUCGGAGGUUCGUACUUUGGGGCGUAUACUGGCGAUCGAGAAUGGAGUGAAGGAUUCGACCCUGCUGGAAUGUCUGAAAUAGUCGCACGAAAAGUGGUUAAGUUUGCGCUUGCUGGAGCCGGCACUCAUGAACAAGCCGUGCGAUUUCGUGAUCUGGCGAACGACGACAAGCUUACCUCCAGGAUUGUCCAUACAGGUGGUUUUGAGAUCAUUGCGAUCUCACCAGCUAGUCCCGAUAUCAAAGACUUCUAUCAUGCCCAUGCUAACGAUCUCAAACCAGUUGGAAAGGUUCAAGCGAGAGCCUGGUAUAACCCCGAAUUACUUUCAAAAGACUAUUCAAUAAGUAGAUUCCAAGACGACUUGAUCCAAGAAAAUGCGACUCUAGCAGACUUUGAAUUCUUCGUUGAGGAUAGCUUCCUUCGUUUCUAUUUUGUCGGAAUGAAGGUCGAAGCUCAUGUGAGGGAACUUAAUUGUGGGAUUAAGUAUUUUGAUACCGUUUUGGAUAUGCACUGUUCUUUUCACACUAUCUUACCAAAUCAGGCAAUGGUCGGCUGGAAAGAGCCAAGAGACAUUCGACCUGAUCAUCUUUGCUGGCUGCCGCAAGAGAACGAUGCCGAUACAAUUCUUAACACUGCUGAAUCUGAAGAAGAGGUACAAUCUCAGGUAGGAAUGGUCGGGAAUUAA